AUGGCCCCGUUUCGUAACUUCUUGAGCAGAAGGUCGGCGGCGCCCAAUGGUGGGGAGAUCGAGAGCACCCACGAAGACAAGCGGCUGUCCCCAGAGAGUCAUCCCUCCAAUCCGUUGGGUAUCAGAAAAAGCUACGAAAAAGAACCUCCAGAAUAUAAAUUGAGCGUUGUCGACGAUAACGGUGCUUAUCUGCCGCCUUCGCCCCCAGAGAAGCAGAGUUUCUGGAAGAAAUAUCCCGGUUCGAACCGGUCAUCACACCAUCGAGACCUCGUUGAUGAAAAUGAACCCUUCUCGAUAUCCCGCGAAUCAUUCGAUUCGUAUCGUCGGUCAUUUGAUAUUUCCGCUCGCUCCCCAGUGAGCUACACUGACACGAUGCCUUCUCGAACUUCACUAGACUCACGAUUCUCCCGUAUGACAUCGCAGUCUACCUCGUACACGAACGGAUUCUCGAAGCCCGAGGCUAUGGAAGAAGAGAAGUUCGAGGACGUGGGACUUGAUGACGAAGAGGUCAAACCCAAGAAGAAGGGUAUCUUCUCUCGGUUUAGCGACUUCUCUGGCGAUGCGCAGACAUCCGGAAACACAAAAUCUGCAACACAACACCUUGGAUUUCACAUCUCAGGCAGGAAGAAGGGGUCCAGCACUCUGGAAUCCGAGUUAGUCGCCCAUAGCGCCUACGAAAUCGACAAUAUGGUCGGUGUAAAACGUCCCGUCGAUGCCGGGGACGAGCGCAAUGGGAAGCGGACAAAGACCAAGACAGCGCCCGUGACAACAAAAAAGGCCAAAUCCGCGCCAGUGAAGAAGUCUGCCCCACAGAAGAGCUCGAAGAAGGAUGUCAAGUCUGGAAAGAAGGACAAGAAGUCGUCAAAGAAGAAGGUAGAGGAGGAGGACGACUUCGAUGAUGACGAGGACGACUUUGAUAUCGAUGAUAUUCCGGACUCGGAGGCUGAUGAGCAUGAUGACGAGGAUAUCGAGAUGGGUAGUCCCAGUGACGAUGAUGAGGAGGAGGACGUGGAGGAGGAGAAGAAGCAGAAGACCAAGGCGCCCGCUGCUUCAACGAAAGCAGAGCCCCCGAAGA